AUGGUUGAUGAUCUAUAUAGUAGUAUUGACGAUUCAGCUGCAGAUUUUAAAUCUGCCAGUAGCAGUGAAGAACAUGUUGCUCUUACAGUUGAGGUACUUCCUUCACCACAAGGGCAUCAUGUGAUCACCAAGAACAAGGCGAAGGAACAACAAUUGUCACUUGUUGCUCGUAGCAGCACAAAAAUUGUGAGAGAACCAAAUACUACUAAGGAAGAACUAAAAUCACCUCAUUGGCUUGCAGCAAUGCAGGAAGUGAUUGAUGUUUUACAUACUAACAAGACAUGGAUUUUGGUACCCCAAUCUCCUGGUAUGAACUUGUUUGGAUCAAAAUGCGUAUUCAAGACAAAACUAAAAGUUGAUGGAAUAGUAGAUAGAUACAAGGCCAGACUUGUGGCAAGGGGAUUCUCGCAGUUUAAAAGGUUAGACUUUGGAGAAAUAUUCAGUCUUGUGGUUAAAGCAACAACUAUUAGGGUGGUUAUAUACAUUGGUGUCUCAGUUCAAAGUGGGAAGUUAGAUAACUCGAUGUCACAAAUGUCUUUCUCCAUUACUUCUUACAAGAGUAGGUGUACAUGA